UUGCGCGCUCUAAACAGCGUCUCCUAUCAGUGUAGUCGGGAUUAAGAAAGCCGAGUCGGUUCUCUAUAUGUUCAGAGCAGCCUGGACACAAGUGAAGAUGCCUCGUCUUCUUCUUUGCUUCCGACAUCACCAGAUAUAGGAGAGCUAUACAAGUCCAAGAACUCCGGCAGACUGAGGACAAACAGGGGAUCUAUUCUCAUUCAUUAGAUGGAUGUUAAACUGCGACAAUCCCAAAGCUGCGGACGGCAUCUUUGGAUUCCAUAAUAUAAAAUAAGUUUUUUUAAUCAAAACUGUUAUUGCAUUUUGAUUUCCUACAGUGUUUUUGUCGUCUUUUUCUUUUUCCCUUUUUUCUGAUAUUUGCGUAUCUGCAAUUUCUCUGUUGCUGUUCAGAGGAAAACUGAUUUUCUGCGGAGGAUUAUCUUUUUAAAAAGUAUCCUAAGACUUCACUGGUUACGGGAGGUUAUGUUCUUCAGACAUUCUUGCUCUAUCCAGAUCUUCGGGAGUUGGGUCGGCGUAUUUCAGGGAACACAAUUCUGAUCUCAUGCAGUACAUUAAGAUCUGUAUUUCGCAGUCUUAAAAUACAAUCCAAAAAUCAAUACAUAUACCUAUUCAUAAAGUCGCCUGGGAUUUUUAAAAGGAAUUUUUCGCAAGCCAGGAUGGACGUUGUGGGAAUUUAUCUUUUUCUGCUGGCUUUCAUCGGGGGCGUGCGCGUGGUCCUGCUCUCAGGGAAGGACUGCCUGCGGGCGGGGGACACCUGCUCCAGCGACGACUCCUGCAGCCCCCGUCUCCGCACCUUGCGCCAGUGCGUCGCCGGCAACGGCAGCCUGAAGCUGGGCCCCGGCGCCCGCAACCAGUGUGAGAGCGCGGUGACGGCGCUGCUCUCCAGCCCCCUGCACGGCUGCAAGUGCAAGAGGGGCAUGAAGAGGGAGAAGAACUGCCUGAGCAUCUACUGGAGCCUGCACCAGUCCUUCCUGCACGGACUCAACCUGGUGGAAAGCUUUCCCUAUGAGACAGUGGAGAAGGCCUUUGACUACGUCCGCCUUGCCUCCAUCGCUGCUGGUUCUGAAGUUGGCAUGACAACUGUGAACCGUUGCCUGGAUGCGGCCAAGGCGUGCAACGUGGACGAGACAUGCCAGAAGCUGCGCACUGAGUAUGUGUCGGCCUGCAUCAAGCCGUCUGCCAAGUCCGGGCCGUGCAACAGACCCAAGUGCAACAAGGCCCUGAGGAAGUUCUUUGACCGCGUGCCACCAGAGUACACACACGAGCUGCUCUUCUGCCCCUGCACGGACACUGCCUGCGCCCAGCGCCGACGCCAAACCAUCGUGCCAGACUGCUCCUACGAGGGGAAAGAGAAGCCCAACUGUCUCACCCAGCUGCGCAGCUGCAAGGCAGAUUAUGUAUGCAGGUCCAGGUGGGCACAGUUCCAGUACGACUGCCAGCCGUCCCCACAAUCUACCAAGGGCUGCAAGCAGGAGAGCUACGGGGCCUGUCUUCUGUCUUACACAGGCCUUAUAGGCAGCACCAUUACUCCCAACUACGUGGACAACUUCACUUCCAAUGUGGCUCCCUUCUGCACCUGCUCCACCAGCGGCAACCAGCGAGAGCAGUGCAACGAGUUCCUCAGCUCCUUCACUGACAACAGCUGCCUCCGAAAUGCCAUUUUAGCUUUCGUCAAUGGGACGGACCUGAAUGCAUCACCUAAUCAAUCAGCACAGCCCAGCCCUGCAGGAGACAAGGGAGGUGCUGCCAUCACGCCCUCCGUUCCCACAGAAACAGAAGAGAACCUCCUGAACCAGCUGAUUCCUACCCAGGCCACAGAGAAGGGGAAGCUGUGGAGCGAGUCGACAGGCCCCUCCCCAGGCCUCUCCAGCCAGGCCCCAGUUUCUGCUUGCCACAGUGUCUGGAUGGGCCCACUGCUUGCACUCCUCCUGUAUUGGCACCAUUAGAGCACAAUCUGGCUGCGUGGGACUCUACUAUGGAACUGGGGGGCUGGGAUUGGGGUGGGGGGGGCAACUAUUCUUAUUGCUCCCAGAUUACAGUUAACUCUUUUUGUUAUCUUUUGUCUCAGAGGGUAAAUUGCCCCUGGGAGUCCUUGGCAGGGAAAGAGUAGGCUGUUUAUAGCUGAUCCAUGUGUACCCGAAGGCGCCUGCUGUUGGUGCACCGAGGACACCAAGCUGCCUGUCUCCAGAUGUCUUCUUUGCUGUUGUGCAGUGUGUAAACGGGGGGAGGGGGGCUGUAGGAAGGCAGCCGGAGCUGCGGUGCUCUGACAUCUUGUUUGUUACUCCUGGGAGGACUGACUUUGUACCAAGAUCACUCCUUCAGUAAAGCAAGCAACUACUUUUGAAAGAGACACUGAAAAAAGACCGUAUCAAACAUGGAUUUACAAUGAUAAUCCUAUUUUUAGUCAUUCUGGGAAAGAUAUUUUAUUGAGUCAUGAAACCUCAACAGUAAUUAACUGCCUGGAUACUUUUUUAAAUUACAAAAUAAAAUCGAUACCUUACAUGUUUAUUAUAUUUAUUGUGUCUCAACGGAAAUGAAGUUGUGAGAUGCCAAUGAAGAAACAAGGACUGUGCAGUGGGUGAGCUGUUUACUGCAGAAUUUAUGGCCAUGUGCAUCAGAGGGGACUUACAGAGGCUCCAUGCUUGACCAUCAUAGAUGCUAUGGACAGUAUGUACAGUACACAGCCUUCACUAGUGUGGCAAGGCAGGGCUCUGAGUCUGAUGCCUGUACCCUUUUUUCCUUUCUGUCACCUACUCAGUCUUAGCAGUCAUGAGUUUCUGGCCUCCUUAAGACUUUUCCCUGUUCUGGGACAGCUGGGCUCACCUGCUCCCGGAGCAGCCAGGAAAGACUUUUUCCCACUUCUGUUUUGAGCAAAGCAAAGGAUAGCAUAGUGUCUGGACCAGCGCCUUGGCAGAGAGCAGGCAGCGUGUGACUGCCCACGCUGCCCCAUGAGGAGCAGCAGCCUGGCGGGGGUGCUGUCUUUGCUUCAACAGGAGAGCUCAGUCACAAGAAACACAUGCUUGUGGGUUUCGUUUUAUCAAGAUACAUGUCAUUGCUGCAAAUAAAAGCUACCAGAUGA